AGAUGUUUCGCAACCAAAUGGUGAAUCUGGAAGGCAAGCAACACACCUGCGUCACUUGCCGGGUGGCCUUUGACACGCCUGAGACCCAAAGAGACCACUACAAGACCGAUUGGCAUCGAUACAAUCUGAAGCGGAAAGUGGCCGAAUUGGCGCCCAUCACGCUCCAUGACUUCCAAGGCAAGAUGAAACAACACGAACAGGAAAUGAGGGUCCUCUCCGGGAAGGUAAAGGCUCCCACGGGAUAUUGUGUCUGCUGUCGGAAAAGCUUCACCACUGCCAAGGCCUAUGAGAACCAUUUGAACUCGAAGAAGCACAAAGACACGGAGAUUCAGUUUGAAAAGCGCGAGAAUCGCUUGGAGAUCCAGAACAAUCGGCUCAACAGAACUCCUUCAGAAUCGAAGAACGACGACCCUAUCGAAGAUGAGGAGGACCAUGACGACGACGACGAUGAUGAUGAUGAUGAUGAUGAUGAAGACAUUGAGGAGGUGGAUUCGGACGAGUGGGAAGAGGACACCUUCGUGGGUGGCGAGUCCAUUCCCGAACAAGUCUGUCUGUUCUGUCCCAAUCAAUCCAAAGACAUGGAGAAGAAUCUGAUUCACAUGGGCGAAGCGCAUUCCUUCUUCAUCCCGGAUCUGGAUUAUGUGAUCGAUCUCGAGGGACUCGUCGCCUAUUUAGGGGCCAAGGUGGGUCAAGGGUUCCUGUGUCUAUGGUGCAACACCCGGAGUAAGCACUUCCAAUAUCUGGCGGCCGUGCAGAAGCACAUGCGAGACAAAGGCCAUUGCAAGCUCUUAAAUGAAGGCAACGCUCUGGUGGAGUACGCCAAGUUCUUUGAUUAUUCCACAAGUUAUCCGGAGGAUCUGAUGGCUCCCCAUGGUGCCACGCCUAUGGACCAAGAUGGGGCUGAGCAUGAGGUCGACCUGAACGCCUUGGACGACUCCGGAUACGAACUCACCCUCCCUUCAGGAGCCACGAUUGGCCACCGAUCCCUCAUGCGCUACUACAAACAAAGUCUGAAUCCGGAUCGUCAAGUAGCCGUUCGGAAGCCGGCCAAUCAUUUAUUGAGCCACUACAAGGCCCUAGGCUACACCGGUUUGUCGGCCAGCCAAGCCAAGGUCAAGGCCAAGGAUAUCAAGUUCAUGAACCACAUCCAACAGAAGCAUCGUAUGCAGUUGGGCGUCAAGGCCAACAAACUUCAAAAGCAUUGGGUCGACCCCACCCUCUAAUCGACACUCGAGGAUUGAUUAUUUUUGACAAUAAACCCCCACCACGUGCUUUUGUGAUCACUUAA